AUGGAGUCCAAGAUUCAGCACAUUUUGGCACUUUUUUCAGUGGCAUUUGUACUAGUGGGAAGCCAUGCAGAGUUGUUGUCUUCAGAAGACUACUGGAAAUCAGUGCUCCCAAACUCUCCAAUGCCCAGAGCUGUAAAAGAACUCAUAAAACCUGAGUGGGUAGAAGACGAGAAGAGCACGAGCGUAGGCGUAACCAAGGGCGGGGUUCACGUCAGCACGGGCCGCCCCAAGCCAGGAGGCACCAACGUCAACGUCGGCCACGGCAGCGUUGGGGUCCACACCGGCAAACAGGGCCACCGCACCAACGUCGGCGUCGGCAAGGGUGGUGUCACUGUCGGGACCCGCACCCGCAAGGGCAAGCCCGUCUAUGUCAGAGUCCAGCCCGGGUACAGCCCAUUUAACUACCGCUACGCAGCCACCGAGACCCAACUGCAUGACAACCCAAAUGUGGCCCUAUUCUUCCUCGAGAAGGAUCUGCAGGCAAGCCGUAAGAUGAACCUGCAGUUCCCAAAAACUACAAAUGGGCCCGCAUUCCUGUCGCGUCGGGAUGCAGACUCGAUGCCCUUUUCCUCAAACAAGCUGCCCGAGAUACUGAACAUGUUCUCACUAAACCCCGGUUCGAAAGAAGCAGGGGUAGUGAAGAAAACAAUUGAAGAAUGUGAGGAGAAAGGAGUAGAGGGAGAGAAGAAACUAUGCGCGACCUCUCUCGAGUCCAUGGUUGAUUUCGCCACCUCAAGGCUCGGGAAAGAUGUGAAGGCGAUUUCUACAGAAGCCGAGAGUGGCGGGGAAAUGGAGUAUGCCAUUGUUCGGGUCAAUAAAUUGCCGAACGAGAGAGGACUUGUGGUGUGCCACAGGCAGGAGUACGCGUACGCGGUGUUUUACUGCCACGAGACAAGGAGGACAGCAGCAUAUGAGGUGGAGAUGGCGGCAGCAGGCAGCGGGUCGAAGGCGGCGGCAGUGGCAGUGUGCCACCAGGACACAUCAGCAUGGAACCCUAAGCAUGUGGCAUUUCGGGUGCUCAAGGUGAAGCCGGGGAGUGUGCCGGUUUGCCAUUUUCUUCCGGAAGAUCACGUUGUGUGGGUUCCUAAGGAUUAG